AGGCUGAUACACAACAUUGCAGCUCUGGCUAGUUCCUCCUUAUCUCCAGUGAGCUUGGACUGCAGCAGAGAGGAUGCCUUUGCUACUAGAAAACAAAAGUUAUCAAGACUAAAAAAGUAGACAUCAACAUCUGUCCUUCAAACCCCAAAGCAUCAUGGGACAGCUGUUUUCCUCAGAAGAAGAGCGCUCUCGUGCCCGGGAUGCGAUUGGUGCGGUCCUGUUUGAUGCCAUGUUGGACGCCGGUGCCGUCCCAAACCUCAGAGUGGUUCACCCUCUGCUGCUGUCCAACGACGACACAGGCGCACGACCGGGACCCUCCAUCCAGGAACAAAUGCAGCAGUUGCAGAGAGACAUUGGAAGCAGAGCGCCUACCUAUCUGAGGGAUCUGAUUGGUCGACUGUCGGCGUUCACGGAUGAGCCCAGACUGGCGGGUUUGGUGGGGUCAGUGGUGUCGAUGGUUAUAGACAUGGCCUAUGCAUCGUCCAAACCGCCAUCAGGGAAGAACGCCGGCUCCUCCUCUCGACAGAGAGUUUCCGAGCUGCAGGAGUUGAUGGAGGAGUACCUGAAGCGCUGUAGGAUUAACCUGAACGACAAAAAUAAAUUAAUGCAGGACACAUCCAGACUGGAGACGCAACUCAGUCUGAAUCUCACGCAGCUGAAAACAUGUUUGCUCAGAGGAGACUGCGACUCCAGGUCUCUCAGGCAGUGGGCCAGUGGAGCGGCCUUUCACACCCAAAUGUUGGUGCAUCUGGCUGGACUCGAGGGUCAGAUGGAGGCUCUGGCUGCAAGAGGUGCCCUGCUGCAGUACAGAGAAGACCUGGAGCAGAUUAUUCCCGUCUAUAGGAAGUAUAAAGCCGGUACAGUCAGUGCGCUGAAAUGCCGAGGCAGCCUGUCAGCGUCGCAUGGAGAGUCCGGUGAUGUUCUCGAGGAAGGAGCCAUGACGGGUCUGACCGUAACUGACCGAGAAACCGGGGCGAGCGUGACUAUACCGCUGUGUGAGCUGCAGACGCAAACAGAGAGAAGACUGGAGGCUGGUUUGAGCGACGGCGCGUCCGACACGUCCGACACGUCCCUUAACCUUGACUUAAUCUCCUGCGAUGACUACGCCCAAGCUUAUCUGCAGCGCUUCUUCUCCGACCAGGGACCCGUGGGGAAAAUUGAGACGUAUUUCCGCAAUGCGAGCGACAGUCUGAGCACGCUUACGACUAAACCGAAAAAGACGAAAAGACCCGAGGAGAGCGCUGCGUUAGAGAACAAAGUGCAUGUUACAGACAGUGCAGAGUCAGCGGGAGGUCAAACGGGGGCGCUAGAGGUCAAAGGUGAAGGGAUAGGCUGUACGCAGAGAACGCAAAACUUUGAAAAUGAAAGUCUGAAGCUCAGUAUAGUAGAGAUGCAAUCGCAAAUUUAGCGUUAGCCGAGGUGAGAGAAGUCAAAGUUUAUACUCAAAUAACAUUACCGUAUUUUCAGGUCUAUACGUCGCUCUGGAGUAUAAGUCGCACCAGCCAAAAGUGCAUAAUAAUGAAGAAAAAAACACAUAUAAGUCGCUAACACAUUUAUAUUUAUUCAGCUACAUGAAGCACAGACAGAACUGAACACGUGUCUGGUUUGUUAACAUAAGAUAUUAACAGUUAAUCAGAUAAAUAAAGCAGAAAAAACAAGCAACAACUUUACUCUCGAUCUCAAAUCUCCAAAUUAAUAAAUCCGCUGAGUUCUUCAUCGUCGGUGUCACUUCUGAACAAAUCCAGCAACUCCAGAAGUCGCUGUCAUCAGACUCAGCAGAAUAUGAUUUUCUUUUAGGGGCAUUUUUGUUCAGUUUUUCUCAGAUGUCUUUUAAAUUACCGUAAUGUUGAAAUUUUACCUUUUCAGUGGUACAGGAGGAGUAGAUACUGGUACACGAGCUUGAAGUGUCCUCGUGCAGAUGUCAGCGUGACAAUAACGAAGACAUGACAUUAUAUAUUUUAAUAAUUUCACUUAUAAGUCGCACCUGAGUAUAAGUCGCAACCCCGGACAAACUAUGAAAAAACAGUACUUUAAAAUGUCUGUGUAAUCCCUCAGAGUCAUACUUUGCGUAAUCAUUCAGGCCCUUAAUAGUCGCUGUCACACCUAUUAGCAUACUGGCUACAGCUAUUAAUAUUAUUACUCAAGUAGAAGUCAAAAGUAGUGACCCAAAUCAUUACAGAGGAAGCGUAAAAAAGUAUUUGGAGAAAGUAUCAUUUGAGUAACAGUAACAGUCACUGAGGUAAAAUGUAUUAACAAUCAGAUUUAUGAUUUUUGAGUUGAUGUAGAUCGACAGACGAGACAUUAAAUCAUUCGUGGAUCACAGUUUUUCCCAAAGAACAGAGUAAACUAAACAUCCUCAGCUCAGUAUGACUCAACACGUAAAGGUACGACGUCAGAAAGCGACUCUCAAAAGCGUCACUUCUUCAAAAAGUUACUCGAGUAAAAUGUACAAUGCACCUCUGAGUCUUUGUCAACGAAAACCCAAACACGUACAAGACUGAUUUUUCAUUGAUAAAGAUAAACUGACAAAACUAAAAGGAGUAACAUCUGCAAAUGUGUCAGCCAUAAUUACAUUUUUUUUAUUUAAUAUUUAUCAUUUAUGGUGAAAAUAAAAAUAUAUAGGCCUAGACAAACGACUGAAAUAUUACACGAAGCCAAAUGAAGAAUAAUAUUUCACAUUUACUUGAUUUUUUGUGUUGAAUCUUUGUGUUUUUGUCUUAUAUCCAUAGUUUUAUUAGUCACAGACACUAGAAAUAGAGUUCAGCGUUGCUUUUUUUUGCAUCAGUAGGAAUUUUUGUGUUGGUUUUUGCACUUUAACUAGUAAUGUGCCUGUUUGUAAAGUAUAUAAAGUGUAUAAUAUAUAAGUAAGUAUAUUCAGGUAUCAUGAGACUUAUCUUGAUCCUAAAAACAGUGGUGGAUGAAGUACUCCAUGUUGUUACUGAAGUAAAAGUACAGCUACAGAGGUAAAAAGCUACUCAGGUAAAAGUGUCACAUGAAAAAAAACAACUUAAGUAAAAGUAAAAUAAACCACCAAGUCAUACGAAAAGUACUUUUUACUUUUCAAUCCUGUUCAAAAAUGUAGUGGAGUAGAAAGUACAGAUACUGCACUCAAAUGUAGUGAAGUAAAAGUAGAAAGUAUCCACUGGAAAAAGGACUAAAGUAAAGUACAGAUACCUAAUAAUCCUACUUAAGUACUGUACUUUACUACUUGUACUCUGUUACUUUCCACCACUGCCUAAAAUUAACAUAAAGUGCAGACUUUUGCAGGAAUUUAAGUCGUAUAUAAAUCUCUCUGUAUUUGUAGACGAUGCUUGAAAAACACUGUGCAAUUUACGUUUCCAUGGCAACCUGACAUAACGCCAUAAUUACACGUAAAUAAAACAUGAAAUUGACACG